GCCUGACUCCACACCGGCCUCCGGGCUAGUUGGGGCUGCCAGAGGACCGCCCUCGGCCCCCGCCCCCACUGCUGGGGGAAGGGGCGGAGGCUCCCGAGCGCCGCGGGCAGAGCAGGGAGGAGGCAGAGGAGGAGAGGGAGGCGGGGCGGGCAGGCCCAGCCCAGGAGCUGGGCGGCGCGACUCACCUCUGCUCCCGGCCUGCGGAGCCAGAACGGCCAGGAUCCCUCGCAGCUCCGACGCCGAGAUCCGGACACGCUCCAACCCCUCCGCCAUCUUCGCGGCUGCUUCUAGAGCUGCAGCCACUCCGCCACCGCCGCGCGCAGCCAGGAAACCACGACGGACGGGCGUAUAGUUGGCUCCUGCUGAGGGAAGGGAUUGCGUGGAAGUAAAUCAAGAGUGUGGAAACCAUAAAAUGUAAAACACAGGAGCUGUCAACACCCAAAUGUCCUGCCAUGUGGAACCAGCUGGUCUGCAAUGAAAAGAAUGAAGCCAACAUGCAGAAAACAGCAGAGAACCAUGUGUGCUCAGUACUGCAUCUCCUUUGCUGAUGUUGAAAAAGCUCAUGUCAACAUUCAAGAUUUUAUCCACCUCACACCAGUGCUAACGAGCUUCAUUUUGAAUCAAGUAGCAGGGCGCAAUCUUUUCUUCAAAUGUGAACUCUUCCAGAAAACUGGAUCUUUCAAGAUUCGUGGUGCCCUUAAUGCAAUCAAAGGCUUGAUUCCUGCCACCUCAGAAGAGAAGCCCAAAGCUGUAGUUACUCACAGCAGUGGAAACCAUGGCCAGGCUCUUGCUUAUGCUGCCAAAUUGGAAGGGAUUCCUGCUUACAUUGUGGUGCCCCAAACAGCUCCUAACUGUAAAAAAUUGGCAAUACAAGCCUAUGGAGCCUCCAUAGUGUACAGUGAACACAGUGAUGAGUCCAGAGAAAAUGUUACAAGAAGAAUUUUGGAAGAAACAGAAGGCGUCAUGGUACAUCCCAACCAGGAGCCUGCAGUGAUAGCUGGGCAAGGGACGAUUGCCGUGGAAGUGCUGAGCCAGGUACCCUUGGUCGAUGCACUGGUGGUUCCCGUAGGAGGGGGAGGAAUGGUUGCUGGAAUAGCAAUUACAGUUAAGGCUCUGAGACCUAGCGUGAAGGUAUAUGCUGCUGAACCCUCGAAUGCAGAUGACUGCUACCAGUCCAAGCUGAAAGGGGAACUGACUCCCAAUCCCUACCCUCCAGAAACCAUAGCAGAUGGUGUCAAAUCCAGCAUUGGCUUAAACACCUGGCCUAUUAUAAGGGACCUUGUGGAUGAUGUCUUCACAGUCACAGAGGAUGAAAUUAAGUAUGCAACCCAGCUGGUGUGGGAGAGGAUGAAACUGCUUAUUGAACCUACAGCUGGUGUUGGAGUGGCCGCGGUGCUGUCUCAGCAUUUUCAAACAGUUUCCCCAGAAGUAAAGAACAUUUGUAUUGUACUCAGUGGUGGAAAUGUAGACUUAACCUCCCUAACUUGGGUGAAGCAGGCUGAAAGGCCAGCUCCUUAUCAAUCUGUCUCUGUUUAGUUUAUGCAAAAGAGAUAGGAUUCCGUGUCUCAAGACACUUGGAAAUUUUGUUUCCUGGUUCCUUUAACUUCAUAUCUUCUCCUCUUAAAGAGCUUUCAAAAUCCUAGUGGAAAGUGGAUAUUACAGUAAUAGUUAUGUUUUGUUUACUAAAUAAGUAGCAAGAGAACAUCCAUAGUUUACGGAGAUACCUGAUCUGAGCCAAGAAAAGCCUUCUGCAAAAAAUGGCAGAUCUCUAGGCUAAAGUAGAAAACAAAUUUUACCCAAUUACAACCUGUAGGAUCCCAUCUCUAGAGUGCUAACUAGCAGCAAUGAGACAGAAUGCCAGUAAAUCCAUUACUCCAUAUCCACUUCAGGCACUGUUGAAGAAAUCUCACUUUUUAUCCAUGGUACUGGUUCUGGUACAUAUGGAUCAUAAGUCCAUUUGGGGAAAACUCGUUUGUAGAGAUUCAUCAGUACUGUGUCCUGAGAUUUUAGCUUCCCAUCAAAACUGCACUUCAUGUGGCCAUGAGUACCUAGAAAGAAAACAGCAAGUUGGUCUUUUUAAAUUUUAAAGCAGUUGUCUUCUAACCCAGCAGUCAUUUAGUAGCACUACCUAGACAAGGUGCCAAAUCCCACAUUCUCUUACCUAAAGGCUCCUUGAUGUGUCCCCUGCGACCCCACUUUGUUCUCAGUUCCACUGGUUUAAACCACAACACAUCCUCUUAGAAAGAAACAGAGAAGACCAAAAUGAAACAUACACCCACAAAACUCAAGCCUCAAAGCACAAAGGCAAUCUGACCCCAUCCCUCACACCCACCUCUGGUGAAGAACAUGUAGCGCACAACUGCCAUCUUAGUAAAAAUCUUGAAAGGAUGGCCACUCAAAACAACUCUCUUGAUGACCAUUCUGUCUGGAUCCACUGACAACAGAUAGCCUGUAGCAAUGAGGCUGUGCAUUCCUAAGGAGCAAAGCAGAGUAGCUGGAGUCUACAAGCCAAAGCCUUCAUUUAUUGCUCCAGUCCACUUAAAGACCUAAACAAGAUCUUUUUAGAGAAACCUUAAAGUAAGGGUAUGUUAUGCUGCCCUCCUGGGUCCAUGCAAAGACCAUUAAAUAAUAUUCCUGCUACAUCAGUCAUGAGAACCUAUCCUAAAUGCAGCAGUCUGAGCAGCACCUACCAAUUGGCUAUGGUUUAUAAGCAAGAUAAAACCCCAUUUGUCAUUCUUGUCUCAGACCCACUCUGCGGCCGAGAUUGGGUAUUCUGAAAACUAUUAUGUUCUUCUUACCAUAUGGCUCUCAAAUCUAAAUACAGGCAAUAGUUUUAAACCUAUUAAGGACCUACAAGCCUGUUCACCUCUGUGAACCUAACUUACCAUUGCUAUUCUGUUUGAAAAGCAGUACAGAUGCAGGAGGAAACGUGAUUGGGCCAUAUACUGUUGCCACCAAGGCCGUAUCAGCAGUCAGGAAUCUCUGAAAUUUAUGUUUAUCCGCUGCCAUAGGAAGGGUUAAAAAAUAAAAACCAAAAUCAUUUUGAGAAACCAUAGGUAAUCCAGAAGCCUGUGAAAAGCUGUAUCAUUGCAACUCAAAUCUAAGGCAACUUACGUUUCUUUACCCCCCUAGUUCUCAAAGUAUUUUUCUACCUCAAUACAACCGUAAGAUACAACUCAGUCCUUCACAGUGAUUUUUUAACAGGGAGGCAGAACCUUGAGCCUGGACUAUAUUUGGGGUUUGAAAAGGUUCUUCAGGUGAUUCUGAUACUCAUUAUCCCUACUUCAUUUGAGAAGCAAUGCUUUACAGAAAAUAUCUCCACUAAAUCAACAGCUUGUAGUCAUGAGCAAGGAUUGGCAAACAUUUUCUAUAAAAGGCCAGAUAGGUAAGUGUUUUAGGUCUGUGGCCCUACAGUCUCUGUUCCAACUACUACUCAGCUAUGCCACUAUAGCAGAAAAAUAGCCACAGACAAUACAUGAGAAAAAAAGGGGGGGGAGGGGAGAAAAAUCUCACAACUGUGUUCCAACAAAAUUUUAUCUAACUAAAACAAGCAGUGGGGCAGAUCUGGCCUGAGGGCCACACUUUGCUGAUCUCUGAUCUUGAGGACUACCCGAGCUUCUGCUUGUACCUUCAAUGAAACCCUCCCUCCUGCUUAGCACUCAAGUUACAGAGAAAUAAAAUAUUUUAAAGGAAAGAGAAAUUAAUUCCUCAUUUAGAUAGCAUAGGGAGUUAACAUAUGGCUAGUAAGAACAGAAAUUAUCCAGAGCACCCGUUAAUACUGCCUUCGUCAUCUUCCUCCAGCCACUGCUGAGAGCUGAAUGUGUGUGGUAAUGUUCAGAAGCCUCCAAAUAAGUGCAAAGUAUCUUCCCACUCCCAAUGUAGAGGAGUACAAUCAUUUUUACCAAAAAAGUGUCCCUGGUCACCACUCUUCAACAUCUCAUCUCAACACCUCAGAAGCCACAUACCUGUUUUACCCAACUGUGGGCCACCCUUAGCCUUCAUCUACACAGCCACUAGCCAUCAGAUGCCAAGGUUUCUACACUCUGACACACCUUCUUGUGGAGUCACCAACUCCCAUUCAAAACCACUAUGGAACAAAUACUCAUGGCAGAGAAGCCUCAGCACCACACAGAGGUUGCAUCACUGGGAUGCUUCAGACAGGUUCAGACAUUGUGAAUAAAAACAUCAUUGGCUCCUAGACCAGAGUACUGAAAAUACCCCUUCCCCAGCAACUCCGAGUUUGAAACUGUGUAUUCUACACACCUGCACUAAAAAUCAUCGUCCCCCAAAAGACAUUAAGAUGGACGAGAACCCAGAAGCUUCCCCACUACGUUACCUGCAGUGUGCUGAGAGAAUAAAGGUGAGGCUCGGAAGCGCCUGAACCCACAGUGGAAGAUCAGCUCCUCCUUAGCUUUCACAGGCUCAGUGUUGCCAGGGUGCCGGCUCACCACCAUAUUUAGUACUGACAUCUGGGAACGACAUAAGAAAAACAGACCUUCGUAUCUAGAAUAGAGCAGCCAAAACUGAAAGAAGACAAAACCAAACUAGCAGAUUCAGAUUCGCUCUAAUACUAUUUAUGGUGUUUAGUUGACAAAACAAGAUUCACCUUUUACCUUUAUCAACAACUGGCAUUUGAGUCAAAAAUACGCUGGUUUUUGGAGCUUUCACGUAUCCUUCUAUGUUAGUUAACCUUCCUGUGUCUAACAUUGCAGAGGCUCAUUAUCUGCCACAAAAGCAGUGCCUUCAAGUCACUCAGCCACCACACACUUCAAAACCACACUCAUUCAAGACCCUUACCUCCCCAACUCUUCAAAUGACCAAAGGCCAUAGCUCUCACAUACACGCAACAUACAUGACUACUGGCCAUUAAGAAAGAGAUCUACACGUGGCCCAAUCACUCCUUCCCUCCCCACUACCUUUAAGGCUGCCAACCCUUGGUUAAAAUCUAAUCUGACAGAGAAGUCUCAGAACACAGAGAUGGCAUCACUGAGAUGCUUCAGACAGGUUCAGACACAUUAGGUAACACCAUCAUUGACUUCUCUAUCAUAUUCUCUGAUUCUUCAUCCUAAGGCAGAUUUUUUACAUCCCAUUGAGUAAAACGUCAGUCGCGUAAAAUUUCAGACUAUCAUACAAACUGGUUGGAAAGUUUCUUAAGUCCCCAUUUCCCACAAAAUACUAACUCACCUUCUGUUCAUGAGGUAGUAAAGAAAAUACAAUCAAGGGUGCCCCUCGCUUAAAGUACUCAACUACUGAGAUAGGGACUUCAGAGACAUGAAGUGUGACAUACCAGCCAACCUGCCAGAAGAAAGUAGAAAAUAGUCAGCUACCCGUAACGUCUCAAUAAUGAUGAAGCAUUUCUCCAAAUGUUAAAAGUCUCUUAAACUAUCCUAAAGCCCACCGUCACCCUACAAAACUGCCUUUCACAUAUGUCUCAACGACCCAGAUUAAACUUUUUCAGUUAACAUCUGAUACCUCUUUGUUCUCAAUAUCACUCUCACCAGUGACUCGGUAGCUCCUCUAAUUCAGCUAAGGGUAGCACAAAAUGAAACAAGGCUCCUCUAAUUCAGCUAAGGGUAGCACAAAAUGAAACAAGGAAUAAAGGAGAGGGCACCUUGGCAAACAAAAGAAAAUUAUAGGGAUGGACAAAGAAAGGCAGAUACCUCAGCUCCUUCAACCUCUUUUUCCUCAACUUCUUUAAAAAUGCGUUUCCUAGUAUGAGUAAAGUUCUGAAACUGAAAAAUCCGAGCAUAAUCUUGAGGCAGAUUUUCCUUAGGAUCCCAUGGAGAUGUCCGGAAGCUCUUGAGGCCUCUGUAUUUCUGAAAUCUAGAUAAAGAUUUUAAAGAAUAGUCAAAUUUAUAUGGUGCUACUUACUUUUUCACUCAAGUCACUUCUAAAAUGGCUAAGACUCUAGCUUAAAAAAACUCUCCCACUAUCUCUCAAAAUAAUCUAAUAGCCUAAAACCACACUCCAAAACAACUCUUAACAAAUAUUUCAGAACCAAAUCCCAGCCCCUCACUUACAAAGGACCAAGUACUUAGAGUGAUGCCUUCAGGGAGUGGCUCUUUAACCUGGCAAACAAGGUCCUUGACAAAAGUACUACAUCCCUAAUAUCCAAUGCAAAUUCUCUGGCUUUAAUCAGACUCUCCUCCAGAGCAGACAUCAUCUACACCUUCAUGCUUUUAUUCUUGCCCAAACUCCCUCAAAUCUCCAAAUGUUUUAUACUUCUAGUCUUAGUUCCUUUAGGAAACGUUUGCUGAUUAACCUUAGUAUUCCCUUCGUUAAAGUACUGUGACAUUAUUAGUCUGCACCACACAGUCUAGAACUUCAUUACAUAGUACUGUUUCCUGUAUGUAUGUUUUACCUUCCCAGAUAGAAUGUUAGCCCUACAAAAGCGAGGACAAUGGGUUCUUUUGUAUCACACUGACACAGUUCUGAGCCACAUAAAUUUUAAAUAAAAACACUGAUUUUAGA